AAGAAGAGAGUUGUCUUUCUGGGAACUCCCGAAGUCGCCGCCACUUCCUUGCAAACAAUCUACCGAGCUUCUCAACAUCCCGACAGCGCCUUUGAAAUUGUAGGAGUCGUCACGCAGCCGGCCAAACGCCGAAAACGCAAGGGCCAGCUCGAAGCCAGUCCGGUAGGCAAGCUCGCGGAAGAACUCGACAUUCCCGUACUCGCACCCGAAAAGGCCAAGGAUGUCGAUUUUUUGGAUCAUCUCGAGCACCAGGUGCGUCCCGAUUUGUGCAUAACGGCAGCCUACGGACAGUAUUUGCCCAAACGGUUUUUGGCGGCGCCUCCCUACGGCACCGUCAAUAUCCAUCCUAGUCUCUUGCCCCGAUGGCGAGGGGCCAGUCCGGUACAGCGGUCCUUGGAAGCUGGCGAUAAUCCGGUUGGUGUGACGGUGCUGUUUACCGUUAGUCAGAUGGAUGCCGGGCCCAUCAUUGCGCAAACAGAACGGAUGAUUGACGAAGACGAAACAGCAACGACGGUACUACCGAAGCUUUUUGAGAUUGGAACGAAUCUUCUUUUAGAACACCUCCCAGCCGUUUUAUCUGGUAAGAUAAGUAUGGACACGGCGACGACCCAAGACGGAACAAAGGCGGUCUCGGCGGCCAUGAUUCAUUCCAGUGAAGGUGAGCUCAAACCGUGGCUAGAGUCGGCUCGAACUUGCCACAAUCGCGGUCGGGGCUUUUCCAUGUGGCCUGGUACCUUUAUGUACUUUCAAAUCGGUGGAGGGGAGAAUGAUAGCAGCGCCGACGGAGCUCGUGAACCAAUGAAGGUUAAAAUUGUGGAAACCCGUGUGGUGCCUGAUCUCGUACGAGAACCGACCAACAUCGUAUCACUGGGCCCGACCAAAAAGAGUGGUCUCUACGUGACUUGUGUGGAUGGGAGUGUUCUAGAACUGCUCCAAGUUCAACCUGCUACCCGCAAGGCCUUUCGGGCACGAGACUUUCAAAACGGAUAUCCCGGUGAAACGAUCCGA